AUGGCGGCUUGGCAGGAGCGUGGCAGUGGCUUAUACGAUAUUUCUAACGUUGCCCCGCGGCACGCCAGCAGGCACGGCAAGAUGCCUGUGGAGAGUCCCGUCCAGCUUUUCCUGGCGCUGAUCGAGGCGGCCGGUGUCCGCGGCUGGGUGACCCCGGAGCGCGGAGGUGGGGCAGCAGCAAUGUCGGCGGCCGCAGCGGCGGCUGUAGCCGGGCCUCUGGAGGUUGCGGAUCCCAGGCGACUUCGACGGCACCUGGAGUCACGUCUGAAGCGGGAUGAGGCUGUACGUCAGCGGUGGCUGCAGGGCCUGCAGGAAGCCUGUGAGGAUGUGGAGGCCCUGCACAGACUUCCUGGAGUGCGGCUCCCUCAGCGGGGCCUGGACCUGGUUCCGGAGCGGUUCACCUGUACGGCGGGUUCGGGGAGGGUGGUAAUGCGGGCGGUAGCUGCGGGGAUUCCUUCCUUCGGUGUGUCCUGGGGGUGGCGUGUCUGCAGCCAUCCGAGUAUACGACUUCGGAUGCGUGUGUACGGCAUGUAUAUCAUUAUGUUCCGUACAAUCCCGUACGCGUUGACCAAGGUUCCCGUGGCAACGUGGCUCCUACAGAGGUUGCCUGUUUUGGCAAUGGCGGAACCCCCCGACGGGGGGGGCCCCUCCGUGCCCAGCGGUCUUCGGGGAGUGGCAGCCGGCGGGCCCGAAUGUACGGGCGGCGUGCCGGGCCUUAUCCUCAGCCAGCUUCGAUGGCUGGACGUCCUUCCGGACUGCGGCGGUUUCGGAGCCGGCGAUGGUUCUACUGAUGGCAAUCGUAGUGGUGGCGGUGGUGGUGGUGGUGGCGAUGGUGGUUCCUCUUCCCUUGUGGACGUGGUGUUGGAGGUUCUCCCUCUGACUCCCCCCGGACUGCAGCGGCAGCUCAUUGAGUUGCUACCGGAGGUGGCGGCAGGGGAUGACCACCCGCGUAUAGUUGAGAAGCUGGGCGAGCUGCUGGAUUCGGAACUGGGUUUCGUGGCGCCCUCCUUGGAGGCUUUGCAGCAGCUGCAGCUGGGGCAGGAACUGCUUGACCAGGUCGUGCUUGACAUGGUGCAACGCCUUCCUGGGGUAGACUCGGACGACUUGCCCGCACUUGUACGAUUUGUCGUACAGUACAGCACAGGGCCGCCCUCGCCAGGCGCCUCCGCCAGCGCUGCCGCCGCCGCCACUGCCGCCGCUGCGACUGCGCCGCACGUCAUCGCAGCGUUGCGAGGCGGGUUACCCAUGGUGGACUUGAGUGACCCACGGGUCAGUGUGCCCGAUCUGAAAGGAAAGCGUGGCGGCGGUGGCGGCGGGCGGGAGCCAGUGGAGGUUCGUGUGUUGCGAGAGUUGGCAGUGGCGCUGGCGGCGAACGACGCGGCGGCGGGUGCGGUCUUGCGGGCCAUAUCGGCCGCCGGGCGUCGCAGCGGGCGCGCCGGCUCCAGCGGAUCAUCUGCUCCGGAUCUGGAUCCUCAUACAGGCGACGGUGAGGACCAGGCGAAGGAAGAUCUGGAUCUGGAUCCAGGAGGCCGCGGCGGCGGUGCCGCAGGAGCCGCCGCCGCCACGGCUGCUUUAGCUGACGGGCCCGAAAAGCUCGUCCCACUGGACCUUUGGAUCUUGAUGACGCUGCUGGGAGGUCGCCGAGGGAAAGAAGCGGACAAGAUUUUGCGCGCCAAAAUUUGCGAUGGCACUGCCAGCCCUGCAUGGUUAUCCUCCGUGUUGCUCGGCCACUCCGCAGCUGUACGGGAGGUGUGGUCCGCCUCCCUGGCCUUGGCGGCCUCCCUGGCGCCAAGCCGGACGAGCACCCCCGGGGGCCCAGCGCUGGCAGCUGCGGCCGCCCGGCUGUAUGCGGUCCUGUUCACGGCUGUGGGAGGAGGGCCGGACGGGUCGCUGCAGAGAAUUGAGGUUCUUCACGCUCUCCACUCGCAUUUGGGUUCCGGGGUGUCCGAGGAGGUGGACACAGCCCUCGGGGCCUUAUGGCAGCUGGCGGAGGGCCCGCUCUCAAGGCCGCCCAAGGCCUUUGCAGCCGGCGGCGGCGGCGACGGCCCUCCUGCUCCGGUGUUGUCCCAGUACGGCAGUGCCCUGAGCAACUGCCUCGAUCACCUGGAGUCCUUCACGGACUCCCAGUUGAGUCGGUUGUUCGACGUGCUGGCGGCUGUGACGGGGGGCUCGGAAGGUGUGGCGUGGAGGGCCGCCGCGGAGGCGCGUUCCGCUGGUAGCGGACGCGGCGACGGCGGGGGGGGCCCCGGCCGUCGAGCUGCCGUACGCGUCGCCGGCGGCGCUGGUGGCCGCCUGGAGAGCGAGGUCCAGAUCGUGGUGGAUAAGGCUCUGAAGGGUACGGCGUCGUACAAGCGGAUCGGCAUUGCCGGUGCCCUGGCGUUUCUGCGCCGCGUCGGCGGCGCGCUUGUACUUCUUGAGGGCGGCGGCGGCGGCGGCGGCGGCGGUCGCGAGGACGGUGAUGGCGGCGGCGUUGACGGCUUUGGUCUUCUCCUCACGGAGUGGCGCAGCCGUCUGGAUGACCUCGUAACGGCUACAGAGGGGCACGGGGCAGCCAGAGCACUAGCUCUGGGCCUUAUCAACGACAUGAUCAGGGCGCCAGUGGCAGCAGGAGGUGGCGGCGGCAGCGCUGCCGGAGAUGGUGGUGGAGCUGGUGCUGGUGGUGCUGGUGGUGCUGGUGGUGCUGGUGGUGCUGGUGGUGCUGGUGGUGCUGGUGGUGCUGGUGGUGCUGGUGGUGGUGAUGCUUCGGAGGUAUCCCGGUUUUGGGGAUCGACGUUGCCCCGCGCAGCCCUGGAAGAGUUGUCGGCGGUGGUGCAAGCGGGAUUGUUGGAGCCAGCACUGGUGGUGGACUUGCCGCUGCAGGGGGAGGGGUCGGCGGCGGCGGCGGCUGGGGACUCGGCGGGUUUGGUUCCGGAGGUCGGAGGGCCGCCGUCGGAGUUGUGGCCGCUUGCUGCCAGUUCGGCUGUUAGGGAGCGGGACGUGCUGAUGUGGAUGGGACCCUGCCUCAGCCUGGUGUGUUUGGUCAGUCGGUUGCUGUUCGGAGACCUGCAGGACGUGGACGGGUUGUUGGGAUGUCCGUUGGUGAUGUUUCCCGUGGAGCUGAUCCAGGAUGAUGAGGGUGUCAACCACCUCCAUGAGCUGCCUGUCGCAGUGUCCGGUGCGGUGCUGACAUGUCUGCAGGCCGCCAGCACCUGGCUUAGAGAGGUGAUCAACUGCUUCAGCCCCACCGUACCGACUGCGCUCCAGGGCCACCCCUGGAGUCAGGUCAGCACCGCCAAGCUGGCCAAGAGAGUAUCCCACUGCGCGGCUCUGGAGGCGCUGGCGGCGGCGCUCAUUGACAACCUCGCGGCCCCGAGGGGGGGUCUGGCGGCGAUACAGGCGCUCCGAAACCACGCGGAUCCCAUGGGUCGCAUGCAGCAGAAGCGUGGAGGAUCUGGUGCGAGCGUUGGCGCUGCUGUGGCCGCAACAAGCAGCGGUGCUGGUGCCGUGAAGCGCGUCGGCGGUGCUGCAGCAACGGCCGCCGCCGGCGGCGGCACCGCCGCUACCCGCGCGGCGGCUGUACUAGGCUUCCGCCGCUGUCUUCGGCCGCUGACGCUCGUCGGCGCCGCUGAGACGCUACGGCAAUUGCUGACGUCACGGCCGCCGGGGACGUACGGUAGUCAUGCGACGGUGGCGGCGGAACCUGGUGAGCGACAGCAAGCAGGCGAUGAUGGCGACGGCGGUGAGGAAGAUGUCAGUGGCAACUGGUCAGCUUGGACUGUGCUUCCUGUGAGGCUUGCUGCCGCCUCAUACCUCCUGUCGGAACUGGCCGCCAAGGCAGCGGCGGUGGCGGCCCGCGCCAAGAACACGCCUGCCUUCGCGCUCAGCGGUCCGGCGGCGGCGGCGGCCGCGACGGACCCCUCCUUGGAGCGCCUGGCUCCCGCUGAUGUGGCGGCGGUGCUGGGAGGUCUCAUGCCGUCUGUACGGAAGCACCUGGACUCGGCAACUGCGGCGCUAGCUGGUGCCCGCUUCCUCACCCCCGCGAACAACAUCUACCUACAACCGACGAGCGACGGCGACGGCAAGCACGUGCUCGCGCACCUGGACGCCGUACAAGCGGCUCUGGAGCCAGCCGCUACUGCUGCGCAUUACGUCAUGGAUAUUUUGGAGCUGUUACGAAUCUUCUUUGGUUCCUUCGUACCGCCUGGCGUCGGAGGAGGCGGAGGUCGCGGCCGCGGUACGGCGACGGCAGCGGCGGCGGCGCCACCGCCGCUAUGGGCGCUGGUGGCGGUGCUGGUCUCCCUCGCAGCCAAGCCCGGAGUAGACGGUGUUCCUGACGCGGGGUUGAAACAGCUGGCGGAUGCGGCUUCGGGAGCUCCGGGUGCGACUGAACGCGCCCUUAACACCGCACAGGGGGAGGCACUAUGCCAGCUCGCAUGGACAGCCUUCCAGCAGCUCUCCUCGCAAUGCCAGGGCCUAGGACCCUCUGUACCACAGGGACACGGAACGACCGGCCGACAUAACAACAACAAUAACAGUAACAGCCCUAAACCUGCACCUCCGGACGUGUGGCGGGAGCUGGCGUUGUUGCGCGCCGGCCGGGCUUUGCUCUCUAGUGUACGGCACCUGGCGGUGCCGUACGCAGCGGCCACCAACUUGGUGACUCAGGCGAUGGGGCAAGUGCCCGAGGGCGGCCAAGGCAAGGCCAGCGGUGGCGGUCGCAGCGCCGCCGCCGCCGCGGCGGCGGCAGCGGUUUCGGAGCCCAUUGCCGGCUACGCGUCUCUGAGUGCCGCCACCCUCCCCGCCUGGUAUCGGGGGACGUUUGAGGCCUUGUUGGAGAGGUGGGGGGCUACGUGUGCUCGGAUGAGGGUUUCGGAGCGUCGAGUGCCGGGGCAGGACGAGGAGGAGGAGUUGAUGUCUGAGAUGGUUUGCAGCUCUGAGGUGUUUUCCCGCCUGAUGCAGCUCAUUCGAAAGCACCCCGGCAAGAACCCGCUCAUCACCACGGCCAUCAAGUGUGGGGGAAAGUUUGUGGAGCUUAAUAGUCCCUUUCAGCGGCAUCUGCAUGCGUUCUUGUCAUUAUCGUUCGCUGCUCACAACUUUCCCACCUCUCUGCCUCGCAUGUGCCUCUGCCCGCUGCUUCUGCUGCCUGGCCAGAUGGGUUGCGCCGAUGGGAUCCGCAUUGCACAGCUCAAGAACAAGGACAUACACGGCAACGAGGUCGCGUCGCAGGCCUAUGGGGGCUUUGACGACGACGAUGAUGGUGGUGACGAUGAUGAUGACGGCGGCGGGGGCUACGGCAAUGGCAAUGGCAAUGAGGAUGAGGAACAGGAGCAUGACGGCGGCGGCGGUGACAGAGGUACGGGAGGGGGCUCCCAGGGUGCCGCGAAAAAGAAGGCCAGGAGUGGCGGCGGCGGCAGUGGUGGCGGCGGCGGCGGCAGUGGUGGCGGCGGCAGAGGCCGAGGCAAGCGAGCAGCGGGCGGCACCGGCACUGCUGAAGGUGACAAUGGCGCUGACGUCGCGGUUGCACCCAAAGCAAAGAAGUCGCGUAAGCCGAAGGGGGGCCCGCCGCCGCCGGCAGCGGCGGCGGCGGCGGCAGACGAAGCCGCGGCGGCUGGGGCAGUGGCGGCGGCGGCGCCGCCGCCCAAGGUACCCCGGAAGCCACGAAAGCCAAAGGCAGCGGCGGUUGCGCCAGAGGCGGAGGUGUACGGCAACGCUGAUGGCGACGGGGAGCCUUAUGUGGGGUUGAAGCUCGUUAACCAGAAUAAUCGUCAGAAACCAACAGACAAUCAAGCUGGAGGAUUGCUCAAGUUUCCAGGGACACCUGGAAGCGCCGAGACCCAGAUGCCGGUAGCGGAGGCUUCUACGACCCGCUCCCGCACACGCCGAGACCCCCACCACCUCAUCUCCUCAUGCGUCUCAGCAAGCGCCGCGGCGUGGGACCUGGUGGUGCGCCCGGUGAUCCUUCGAAACACCGAGCAGAUCCAGAUCUUAAAGAGCGCCUUACUGGAGGUGCAGGCCUUACUGGAGAAGCAUGCCACCGCGCCGCUUCAUGUAGUGAGGGGCUGGCUUGUUGAGGUGCACCACGCCGCCACUUUCAAUCUCAGCGCUGUGGCGUCGGAAUCCAGCUUGAGGGCAAUGCUGGGAGAGAGAGACAGCGAUGUCGACAUUAAUAUCGUGGACACGCGAGCCGGCAAACUCGUCGACCAAGCGCAGUCCAAGUUCUAUGAAAACCUGAAGGUCCUACGAAAACGUUUGCGCAACCCGCGGUACGGCCCCAUGCAGAAGAUCGUACCAGCCGACCGCCCUGUCCCGGGCGCCUCACCGCGCCUGACAGCACACAGCGGCGGCAAUAUCGUAAGCAGCGCUCCCCUCACACUGGCUCAGGGUGAGCAGCUAGUCACCCAUCCGGUGAGGCACUUCACCGCAUUGCGGCCGAACGUGCCGCUUGAUGCCGUACGCAAUGGUGCGGCCGCCGCGGUAGUGGGCGCGGUAAUGGGCUGCACGUCAUCGCUCCUGUUCCUUUACUUCAACGGCCGCGGGGAUUGUCGAAAGCUACUUGCAGCGCCGGCUGCUAGGCCUGACACCGACACCAACACCGACACCAAGGGAAAAGGGUUGGGAAGUGGCGGGGAAAGUGAAAACUGUCGAGUGGGUGAGACUGUGCGCAUAGUCGCGGAAACCGCGGCCCUUAGCGGUGUUGCAGCGGGACUGGGUGCGGUCGCCAGCACUCUCACCGCCAAUGCGCUGCUGGGGAGCUUGUCGGCCGGGAUGGUUGGGGUGAUGUGCAACUCGCUGAUGGGUAGUGCGAGGGAGGGGCGGGUGGUGGAGGCGGCGGGUGUGGUGGUGGGAGCGUGUGCGUCAUCGGCCUGCUGGGCGGCGCUUCCUUUGGGGGGUCCGCUGGCAGCGGUGGCUUGUCCCGCCAUGUCCUACUUUGCAAGUUCUGGGGCGCAGAUGCUGGCGCGAAGGGUUCAGGAGAGUUUUCAGCUGAAGUCAAAACAGGUUGGAGCGCUGGGGCCGGGAGGGGGCGGCGUACCCCCAACCACUAGUCCCCCCCGGUUACCACACGGCGCCAAGACGCUACAGCGGGUACAGAACCACGCUGCACGCGUCCUUGUGUCGUACGUUUCGUACGAGCUUCGAAACCCCGCAUCUCUGCUGAGGUAA